ACGAAAUGAUGACGAUAGGUUUGGAGUGAGAGUCGCGGCGGCUCGCAAGCUGCAAGUAUUUAAGGUGAAUUGGUUUGGUUUGGUUGAUAAGACAUUAACAUUUCAUUUCCGUUUUCCAUUUUCCAUUCCAUGGCUUCUUCAACUCUCUUUCAGUCUUCACCUUUCUCCCUUAACACCAAUACCAAACCCUAUUCUCUUCCCAUUUCAACUAAACCCAUUCAUUUCACCGUCAAAUCCCAAUCACAAUCUCAACCACAACCUCUCACUCAAAACAACACCCCCACCCCCUCUCCUUCCCCUUCCUCCAAACUCCGCCGUCCCGCCGACGAAAACAUUCGCGACGAAGCUCGCCGCAAAAACGUCUCCCAACACCUCUUCUCCGCCAAAUACGUCCCUUUCAACGCCGAUCCAUCUUCCACCGAAUCCUACUCCCUUGACGAAAUCGUCUACCGAUCUCAAUCCGGCGACCUCCUCGACGUCCAACAUGAUCUCACCGCUCUCAAAAAGUUCGACGGCGCUUACUGGCGUAACCUGUUCGAUUCCCGCGUCGGUAAAACCACGUGGCCUUAUGGUUCCGGCGUUUGGAGCAAAAAAGAGUGGGUCCUACCUGAGAUCGACGAUGAUGACAUCGUUAGCGCUUUCGAAGGUAACUCCAACCUGUUCUGGGCUGAACGUUUCGGCAAACAGUUUCUAGGCAUGAAUGAAUUGUGGGUUAAACAUUGUGGUAUUAGCCAUACUGGUAGUUUCAAGGAUCUAGGUAUGACUGUUCUUGUUAGCCAAGUUAACCGUCUCAGAAAAAUGAACCGCCCGGUCGUAGGUGUCGGUUGCGCUUCCACCGGCGACACUUCGGCUGCUUUGUCUGCUUAUUGUGCUUCAGCUGGAAUUCCUUCCAUUGUUUUCCUACCGGCUAAUAGAAUCUCCAUUGCUCAAUUGGUCCAACCGAUUGCUAACGGUGCUUUUGUUCUUAGCAUUGACACUGAUUUUGAUGGGUGUAUGCAGUUGAUUCGUGAAGUAACUGCUGAAUUGCCUAUUUAUUUGGCUAAUUCUCUUAACAGUUUGAGGCUUGAAGGUCAGAAAACUGCUGCAAUUGAGAUUUUGCAGCAGUUUGAUUGGCAAGUACCUGAUUGGGUCAUUGUACCUGGUGGAAACCUUGGAAAUAUUUAUGCUUUUUAUAAAGGGUUUCAGAUGUGUAAAGAGUUAGGUCUUGUGGAUAGGAUUCCAAGGCUUGUUUGUGCUCAGGCUGCAAAUGCAAAUCCUUUGUAUUUGUAUUUUAAGUCAGGGUGGAAGGAGUUUAAGCCGGUUAGGGCACAAACUACUUUUGCAUCUGCUAUUCAGAUUGGUGAUCCCGUUUCUAUUGAUAGAGCUGUUCAUGCUUUGAGGAGCUGUAAUGGAAUUGUUGAGGAAGCUACUGAGGAAGAAUUGAUGGAUGCUAUGGCUCAGGCUGAUUCGACUGGAAUGUUUACUUGUCCUCACACUGGUGUUGCUUUGACUGCUUUGUUUAAGCUGAGGAAUAGUGGGGUUAUUAAGCCUACUGAUAGGACUGUUGUGGUGAGUACUGCUCAUGGGUUGAAGUUUACUCAGUCCAAAAUUGAAUACCAUUCAAAGGGUAUCAAGGACUUGGCUUGCCAAUUUGCCAAUCCUCCAAUGCAGGUCAAGGCUGAUUUUGGGUCUGUUAUGGAUGUUUUGUCUAAGUACUUGCAGAGCAAGGCUCCUAGGUAUCAUUAGGUUGGCACUGCAGGUCAAUGCAGAUUUUGGGUCCCAAGUAUUCUGAAUGUAUUGUCCAAGAAUUUGCAGAGCAAGGCUCCCAAGUAUCAGUAGUAUAGCACUGUGCAGGUUUUGCUCCUGUGUCUAUGCUGCUUGUUUGCUUUUUAGACACUGUGCUGUCUUUUGUAUUAGCUUUUUGGUCUUCCUGAUGAUUUACUUGCAUUCUGUAUGCAUGCUUCCCUCUAUAAUUGAGAAAGCUUGCUGGAUUUGUUGUAGAUUAUCUUUGUUGAGCAUUUAUUAGCUCUAGUAGAAAUUAAAUCGAUAAGAUGAGGAAUGCUCAUCAUUGACUUGUUACUGCACUA